AUGGAGCAAACAAUUGAGAAAGAAAUUGUUCACUCAAAUGUCAUUUCUGAAAAUUGUGAGGAAAAUGGGGAGAAUAUUCAAUGGUUUGAAGAGACUCUUCAAGCCGACCUCAAAUGGUCUUUAGCCAUAAACAGUGUCCUAUACAAAGAUACCACCAAGUUUCAAGAUGUGGCACUUUUAGACACAAAGCACUUUGGAAAGGUUUUGGUGAUUGAUGGAAAAAUGCAGAGUGCUGAAAAUGAUGAGUUUAUAUACCAUGAAAGUUUGAUCCAUCCUGCUCUCUUACUUCAUGACAAUCCCAAAACAGUGUUUAUUAUGGGAGGUGGGGAAGGAUCAGCUGCAAGAGAGGCUCUUAAACAUUACAGCAUUGAGAAAGUUGUAAUGUCUGAUAUUGAUCAAGAAGUUGUGAAUAUUUGCUGUAAACACCUUACGGCAAAUCAAGAAGCCUUUGCUGAUCGGAGGCUUCAUGUCAUCAUCAAUGACGCCAAGGUGGAGUUGGAAAAGACCGAGUCGAAGUAUGAUGUGAUAGUGGGAGAUUUAUCUGAUCCUCGUGAAGGAGGGCCUUGCAAUUAUCUCUAUUUUAAAUCUUUCUAUGAAAGUGUCAUUAAGUCCAAACUCAAUGAUAAUGGCAUCUUUGUCACUCAGGCUGGUUUUGCUGGAAUUCUCUCACAUAAGGAAUUGUUCUCAUCAGUUUACAACACUGCUAAACAAGUUUUCAAGUAUGUUAUAGCUUACACAGCUCACGUACCAUCUUUUGCUGAUACACGUGGAUGGGUUUUGGCUUCGGAUCAACCAUUUAAACUAGAUGCUGAGGUUCUUGAGAACAGAAUUAAAGAGAGGAUUAAUGGAGAACUUCAGUAUCUUGAUGCUGCUUUCAUGCUCUUUCGUACUGUUAUGAACAAGGCUGUUGCUACAUCGCUUCUGAAUGAGACAAAUAUUUUAACAGAAGAGAAUGAGAAGUUCCUCUUUGGACAUGGACUGCUUGCAGCUGAUAGUGUCUGA